AUGGCAGCUGUUGUUGCCCACCAGCCAGGACUUUGGCAACACCGAUCUGACCAACACAUUCAUUUCCCCAACAUCAACAUGUCCGACUUCACCUCAUCCUACGACGAGUCUCACAGGAGUGUCACCAAUCCACCUGUCUCGAGACCUUUCCAGACGACAUCUUCGCACCUGAACAUGCACGGUUUGCCCAUCUUCUCCGCGCCGGCCAUGACCACCUCAAUGCCGUACCAGCCAGGAGCGUUUGCUUUCGACUCAAUGGCAACCAACCCAUACAACAUGCAGCAAGCCUUCCCUGUGAGCUACUCGCAAGCCAUGACGCAGGGCGUGUCCUACCCUACGACGUCAGACAUGCAACCUGUGCCCAUUGUGCGAACUGCACGGAACGGCUUCACGAGCCUCAGAAGUCCUACUGUGAAGUCAGAGAGCACUUCACCAGUUCAGUCGCAUCAUGGACUUCACGAAAUGUCUUACGGUGACGAAUACAAGCGUUCAGCAUCGGAAGCAUCAGAGGGCACUGAAGGCGCCUUCGCAACCCAUGUCGAUACACUCAUGAGGGCCAUUCAAGCAAAACAAUCCGUUGCGUCGAGUGAAGACCCUGCCAAGGAAGACGAGAACAAGCCCGGUCGGAGGGCAGCGAAACGAUACGUGUGCACGAUUCCAGACUGUGGUAAAGCUUUCUAUCAGAAGACUCACCUGGACAUCCACCGCCGGGCACACACCGGAGACAAGCCUUUUGACUGCAAGACCUGCGGCCAGUCUUUCUCGCAGCUUGGCAACCUGAAGACGCACGAGAGACGCCACACUGGAGAGCGUCCGUACACAUGCGAGAUCUGCGGCAAAGCAUUCGCCCAGAGGGGCAAUGUUCGCGCUCACAAGAUUGUGCACCAGCAGAUCAAACCAUUCACUUGUAAAUUGGACCAAUGCGGGAAACAGUUCACGCAAUUGGGCAACCUCAAGUCCCACCAGAACAAAUUUCAUGCUCCUGCCUUGCGCUUCCUUACCCAGAAGUUUGCUUGCAUCAAUCCCGGCGACCCUGUUCAUCGCGAGGACAAGGAACUAUGGGAGUACUUUGCAUCCCUCUACAAAAACUCAAACAAGGGAAUCAAGGGCCGAGGCAAAGACAGGAGGAUAGCCACUGCUCCUGCUUCCGCAGCUGGAAGCUCCUCGUCAUACAACGGCACUUCAGCACCAAUGAGCCGCGACUACAGCGGUUACCAGCACUCUGGCAGCGACCGCAGUAGCCGCUGCUCAUCUACUAUUUCGGAUCAUGCCAUGAAGGCCGAUGCCGGUUAUGACUUCAAUGCUCCUAUUCAUUCGGAAUACCAACCGCCGAGUGUUUACGACGACUCUGCAUUUCCCGAACGCAGACUCUACUGA